CAAGUUGCCAUAGCUGCAGUAGAACGUGAAAUGGCAGUUGCAGAAAAAAAAGAUGUGAUUUGAGUUACUGUGAGUUUGUUACAAGCAGUUUAUCUUCAAACCAAAGCAGUCACACCCAUGGCAGACUCUUCGAGUGAUUCCGAUACUUACAAUAGGAAUCGGGGAAACCGCCCCACACAUUUUGGCCCCCAAAGAAGCAGCAGAAUAAAUUCGUCAGGAGACAUUUCUGGGAAAAUUGAAACUUUGGCAAGCACUUUGCAGGAUACAAGUCGAAAUCUUAAUAAUGUUGAUCGGAUGUUGGGCCAAUACAGAAAGCACACAGGGGAUCAAGCAGAAGCAAUGACAACACUGAGAGACAAUUUAAAAGAGUCUAUACACCAGCUAAGGCGCCAGCGAUUACGGAGAAACUCUGGAUCAACUUUACAUACAAGUGACUUAGAUGGCGGAUCAGCUUCUGAAAGUCGUCAUUACCGGCCUACCUCACCUCUCCGGGACUAUAGGGAUUCGAAUGGCACCAGAAGAAGGUCAAGGUCUGCGACUGUGCGAUUUGUGGAUGAAAUGAACCCACCUGAGCAUGUGCAUUCAUUACACCAGUCUCUCAGAGACCUCAGCAGUGAUCAGCUGCGAAUUGGAGAUGACUUUGACAGAGAGAUUGUCAGGAGAAAUAGGACUGAGAUUGAAACUAAAAGAACUUUGGAAGAUUUGUCCAGCCGACUCCGAGAAUCACAGAGGGCAGAAACUGUAUCUGAACGAGUGGGAAGGCGUCUGCAGGAGAUAGAGAGAGAAAUGCGUACCGAGCGACAACAUGGAGAGAGACGUCAGGAUCAGCUCGGACACGUGUCGCUGCAACUACAGGAGGCUUUGAAAAAACAUGACGUGAAAGGCAGUGAAAUGGAGGAGGUGAUGAAGAACAAGCUUUUGAAAGCAGAAUGUGAAAAGAGCCAGAUUGAACAAGAGCUGGAGCGAACUCGGAGACGUCUGGACCAGUCUGAAGGGGGUCGGGACACUCUUCUUCAACAGGUCGAUGACCUACGCACACAGCUUUUGAAAACCGAGCAAGAUCGCCUGGACAUGCAGCAGCAGAUUUCUCAGAUUGCUCUUCUCCAGAGAAGUCGUAAUGAAGAAGAGGAGGAUCAAAGAAUGCUAAGAGCAGUGACUGAUCGAUCUGACCGUGAGAAGCAAGAGCUGGAAAAACAGAUACAAGAACUGAGGUUGCAGCUCAGUCAAAAUGUUGUCAUGUCUGAAGUAGAGGAGCUGAAAAGAUGCAUUGAGCGUAAAGAGAGGGAGAAAGCUCAACUCUCUGGACAUAUUGAGAUGCUGACAUCAGACCUCGAUAAGAGGGAGAAACAGCAGCUGAGGAUGCUUGAUCAGCUGAAAGAAAUCCAGAACCGUUACGAAGACUGUGAGACGGACCGAAAGCGCAUGGAGCUCCACAUUGAGGAUUUGGACACUCAACUGAAGGACUAUGGCAGGGAGGCUGAGAAGCAUGUGAACCAACUUAAACAGGCCGAACUCCUGAAGGAGGAGAGUGACAAAAAGAAAGAAGAACUGAAAGCUAAAGCCCAUGAGUCUAUCAGGCACUGGAAACUAAAGUGUAAGAAACUUGAACGUGAUCUGGAGAAGCAGAACGAGACGGCAGAGCUAACUAUGGACAAAAACAAGCAGGUGACCAAAGAAAAGGAAACUCUACAAGGGCAGCUCCACUCGGUCAUGCUACAGAUGGAAAACCUUCGCAAGGAGCUGAGUGACGUCAUCUCAAAACUGGCACAAAAAGAAGAGGACAUUCGCCGUAAAGAUGUUGAGCUCAAUGAGACAAAAUCUCAGCAUAUGGACUUGGAGCAUGAGAUUAGAGAGGUGCGGGAAGUUGCCAGCAAGCUCGAGAACGAGGUUCAAAACCAGAACUUGUUGCAUUUACAACUGAAGGGCGAUAACGAGGCACUGGAGAGUGAGGUUCUUGUGUUAAGAAGGAAAAAUGAAAAGGAUUGGGGGACACUGCUAGAGAUGCAAGGGGAGAUUAAACACCUGAGUGCCAUUCGGGCUGAGCUGACCAGCAGACUUUCUGAUGAGGAAAUAGCCAGGAAGGAGUUGACGAAAGACCUUGCUGCCCUCCAAAGCGCACAUGACUCUGGCCAAGAGGAACUGCUCUCUGUGCGCAGCCAGAUCAAACUCGAAAGGGAUCUGCAUCAUAGAGAGCUGGCAGCUCUCAGAUCGGAGAUGGAAAAUUUGAAAAUGAAACAUGAAAAGAAUAUUCAGGAGGCUCUCCGGCUUUUUAGACAAGAAAGGGAUGAGCAGGAAAACCACAUAAGAACUUUCAAGGCUGAAGCAACAGAGGACAAAAACUUAGUUAAAGCACAGCGUCGGCAGCUGGAAAAGAUGAAGAUUGAAUGUGACAAACUGACAGAGGAAUUAACCCAGAGUGAAGAGGGACACAGUAAGCUCAAGAGGAAGUACCAGCUGCUGAAGCAGGAGCUGGAAGAAAAGGGGAAAAUAGUCACCAAUGGUGGUGAUCGACUGAAACGUAUGGAAGGAACAAUUGUGGAACUCCAGGAACAACUUGGUUUACUGGAAACUGAGCAAGAGUCCAUACUUUGCACAAUAGGAAUUGAAAUUGACUCUGCAUGUGAAGUCUUUUCAAGGGACUCAGAUGAACAAUUCAAAGCAAUAUCACUUACACCUGGCUUGCAGAAGGACCCUCAUCGCUGGCUGGCUGAAAUGAAGACGAAGCUGCAGUGGUUGUGUGAGGAGGCGAAGGAGAGAGAGGGGCAAGAAAAGAGGCUGCGACGUCAUCUCCAACAGAGCCGGGAGCAGCUCAAGGGCCUCAAACAGAAUAAGGAAUCAGAGCGGCAACUUCUGAUUGGGCAAAUCACAAAGCAGGAGCAGCUACUUGAAGAGAUUCACAGAGAAAAGAGAGAUUUACUUGAGAAGACACGUGAAAAAGAUGAAGACAUGAGAACGCUUCAGGACCGAAUUGUGGAGUUAGAAAUGAGUACCCGGUUAGCUCUGGACCAUCUGGAAUCUGUUCCUGAAAAGCUCAAUCUGUUAGAAGACUUCAGAGACCUGGAAGAUUCACAGAGACAGAGGGAGAUGAUCGAGCAGAGGUAUGCUAAAUACAAAGAAAUUGUUGGCACUUUGCAACAUCAGUUGGAGGAAUCAAAAAGAAGAAUCCAGGAAUAUAGGGACAUGAAGAUGGAUGCAACAUCUCGAAGUGCCCGUCUUGCCAAUCUCUCUUCUUCAAUACAAGGACAAAAUAGCUUUCUGUCCAGCUCCCUUCUUACAGACAACAGCUCACCAGACAAAAGAAUGGCUUCACCUGAUUUUGAUACCAGCCAGGACAACUGUUCGACUAAUGGCACAAAAUCUCACAGACCAACAGGAGAUUUAGUAUAAAAAGCCUUUUUAACCAUUUAAGUGAUAGCUACAAUAUUUAUACGACAUUCUUUUUUAUUUAACCAAAAUAUAGAAGACUAAUGCCACAGUGCCUUGUUUUUUUACACGUAUAUUUUAUAUUCCAUUUUUUGCUACAAAGAAACAUGAUACAUUUAUUUGACAAAUUGCCUUUUUACAGUAAUGACCAGACAAGAAAACAAAAACUGACUUGAUAGUUUAAUAAUUUUUUUUCUUGUAGAUAUACCAACAGUGACGUAAUUGAUGUUUGAAGACAUUGAAAAAGACUUAUUGUCAAAACAUUGUGAUUGAAUUUAUUACAUUACCUGUAUGUUUCAGUUAGUAUUACUGAAUUUGGCACUAUUGCAUUAUGAAUGAUAUUUAUUACUUGAAAAUCAACUGUUAUAAAAUGAAGUCACCUCAAGUAAUGUCUCUAGCAUUACUCUUUAUUGAAAGUGCUUCCAUAUUGUAUGUGAUGAUUAUGCUAUUUCCUUAAUUGGGUGUAUUACAGGGUUGUUUUUGCAGCUUAAAACUGGCAUUUACUGUUUUUUUUUUUUAUUUUACUUAAAUCAUAUUAAUAAUUUUAUAUUGGGUUUAUUUGUGUUUAUUUUCUAAAUCCAGAAGCAUAUGAAAAUUCAGAAAAUGUCUUUUUGUUGGAGUGUUUAUAAUUCUGAUUCCAGCUACAAAGACAACAUAAAGGAUGUCUGUCUGUAAAAUGUGUGCCAUCAUGGGGAUUAAUUUGAAAGUUGUAUUACUUUUGGUCAUGUGAAAUGAACUUCCUUAGUUUCACCUUUUUAACUGUUCAGUCCUAAUCCUUUGAAACAUUUCAGGAAAUUGUUCUCAGAUUGCCGAUUUUAAGAACUGUGACGACUUGGUUCUCCUUUGCAAUUUCAUGAAUGUAGCUAAAAGUAAAAAUGUCAUUGCAACUGAAAGACACAGUAAGAGGUUAUAAAAGGCAUAUAGAAUGUAUGUUUUAUGUAAGGCAGACCACACAUUGUGUUUCUGUAGCAAUCAUAAUCACUUCCCAGCUCAUAGGAAACUUUAAAAAAAAAAAAAAGAAAGAAUAUGUUAAGAUGUUCAAAGAAGAGCAUAAACCAUAAUAUGAAUUGGUCUGUAAUUGUACUUGAAUAGGGCUGUGCAUUUUCCCAUGCGCUCUAAAGAUUUUAUCGUAAAUAUUGAAGCUUAGAUGCAUACAUGAAGUACAAGUUAAAAUCUGUACGCAACAACAUUACUUACUGUAAGUUAUAGCAAACUUUACAGUUUAAUAAGAGUUCAAUGUCAGGUCACCUCUCAGUACACAGCACUGUCCAGUUGAUUAUCCCCAGAUCUGCUAAGCAUCUGGCUUCAAGGAUAGCAACCUUGAAAGUAAGAAAGUGAACGUAGUGUGAGAAUAUUGUGUCCUUAAUGAGUAUUCAGUAUGGCUUUCAGUUUACAUCAUCUUUAUCAUGCCAGUAUGGAAUAUUGGGUGGUACCACGUGUUUCUGUCAUGGCACGAUUUCUCUUUUAUAGUAAACUCACUAGAGAUUUUGAAAUUCGGAGACUAAUUUGUCUCUAGGUUUUUCCUAUGUUCCCAUAUAAAUCAUAAUACUGUGAUAUGUAAGAAUUUGGCCAUUCAUUAAUGUUUAAAUAUUUACUGUUUUAUGUUUUAAAACAAGUACUACUAAUAAUAAUUACAGUUUUAAAUUUAAGAAACUUAAAUGUGAAAAUGGAAGGGAGUGCCAAAAGAUUCAGUGAUCUGAAAACAAACAUGAUGCAUUAUUGUGCAAUUCAAACUGAAAACCUGCUGUUUAGUACACCAGCCAUUCUGCAAAAUAAAUCAUGCAACUCAAAUAAGAUCUCAAAUCAGGGAUUUAGUUGUUGGGGUUGAGAAGUAAAGUACUGUAACUGCAUAUAAUAAAAUGCAAUGUUCAAAGUGUUAACCUUCUGUUGAAAACUGUAUGUUUAAAGUAUAGACAGACUAAGCAAAAUACCAGCUGGAGGUGUGUGUGUGUGUGUGUGUGUGUGUGUGUG